CGGAAGGUGCCCGGGAGACCCUUCGGUGGCAGUGCUGUCGUCGCCAGGAGUGGCGGCCUAGAGAGCAGAGCCUGAUGGGCGCCAAGAACUGCCGGCUGCUGGGAGCGUUGCCUCGAAGGGACUGCGUGAAGGGAGCCGAGCCCGGGAGCCCGGGCCGGGGCCUGGAAAUAUGGCGACCUGCAUCGGGGAGAAGAUCGAGGAUUUUAAAGUUGGAAAUCUGCUUGGUAAAGGAUCAUUUGCUGGUGUCUACAGAGCUGAGUCCAUUCACACUGGUUUGGAAGUUGCAAUCAAAAUGAUAGAUAAGAAAGCCAUGUACAAAGCUGGAAUGGUACAGAGAGUCCAAAAUGAGGUGAAAAUACAUUGCCAAUUGAAACAUCCUUCUAUCUUGGAGCUGUAUAACUAUUUUGAAGAUAGCAAUUAUGUUUACCUAGUAUUAGAAAUGUGCCAUAAUGGAGAAAUGAACAGGUAUCUAAAGAACAGAAGGAAACCAUUCUCAGAAAACGAAGCUCGACACUUUAUGCACCAGAUCAUCACAGGAAUGCUGUAUCUCCAUUCUCAUGGUAUAUUACACCGGGACCUCACACUUUCUAACCUCUUACUUACGCGUAAUAUGAACAUCAAGAUUGCCGAUUUUGGGCUGGCAACUCAAUUGAAAAUGCCACAUGAAAAGCACUAUACGUUAUGUGGAACUCCUAAUUACAUUUCACCAGAAAUUGCAACUCGAAGUGCACAUGGACUUGAAUCUGACAUUUGGUCCUUGGGCUGUAUGUUUUAUACAUUACUUAUUGGGAGACCACCUUUUGAUACUGACACAGUCAAGAACACAUUAAAUAAAGUAGUAUUGGCAGAUUAUGAAAUGCCAACUUUUUUGUCAAGAGAAGCCAAGGACCUUAUUCACCAGUUACUUCGUAGAAAUCCAGCAGAUCGUUUAAGUCUAUCUUCAGUAUUAGACCAUCCUUUUAUGUCCCGAAAUUCUUCAACGAAAAGUAAGGAUUUAGGAACUGUAGAAGAUUCAAUUGAUAGUGGACAUGCCACAAUUUCUACUGCAAUGACGACUUCCUCCAGUACCAGUAUAAGUGGUAGUUUAUUUGACAAAAGAAGACUUUUGAUUGGUCAGCCACUCCCAAAUAAAAUGACCAUAUUUCCAAAAAAUAAAAAUUCAAGUGAUUUUUCUUCAGGAGAAGGAAGCACUUUUUAUACUCAUUGGGGAAAUCAAGAACAAGAAACUGGUAAUGGUGGAAGGGGAAGAGUAAUCCAUGAUGCUGAAGAAAGGCCACGUUCUCGAUACCUUCGUAGAGCCCAUUCCUCUGAUAGGUCUGGCACUUCUAAUAGUCAAUCCCAAGCAAACACGUGUACAAUGGAACGAUGUCACUCAGCAGAAAUGCUUUCAAAAUCCAAAAGAUCAGGAGGAGAUGAAAAUGAAGAAAGAUACUCACCCACAAACAGCAAUGUCAAUAUUUUUCACUUCUUUAAAGAAAAGACUUCUAAUAGUUCUGGAUCUUUGGAAAGACCUGAUAACAAUCAAUCAGUCUCCAAUCAUCUUUAUCCAGGAAAAACUCCUUUUUCGUUUUCAGACCAGACAUCUCAGCUUGAAAUGGUACAACAAUGGUUUGGAAAUCUGCAAAAAAUUGGUCAUUUAAGAGAAACUACUGAGCACAAUAGCCAAAACAGAGAUUUCCAGGGCCGUCCAGAUUUGCAGGACACCUCAAGAAAUGCCUGGACUGACACAAGAGCCAAAAAGAGCUCUGAUACUUCUGAUAACGUGCAUUCUGCAAAACAGCUGAAUACCAUGAAACAUAUGACUGCAUUUCCUAAUAAACCUGAGAUAAUUCCACAAGAAUCUAUUUUUGGCUUAGAACCUGUUUCUGAACAAAGCAAGACGAGGGGUAUGGAGCCACCGUUGGGUUAUCAGAAACGUACAUUACGAAGCAUUACAUCUCCUUUGACAGCUUACAGGUUAAAACCAAUCAGACAGAAAACCAAAAAAGCUGUGGUGAGCAUACUGGAUUCAGAGGAGGUAUGUGUGGAGCUUCUGAAGGAGCAUUCAUCUCAAGAAUACGUGAAAGAAGUUCUUCAUAUAUCUAGUGAUGGAAAUACGAUCACUAUUUAUUAUCCAAAUGACAGAAGAGGUUUUCCUCUUGCUGAUAGACCGCCUUCGCCUACUGAUAACAUCAGUAGGUACAGCUUUGACAGUUUACCAGAAAAGUACUGGCGAAAAUAUCAGUAUGCUUCCAGAUUUGUACAGCUUGUAAGAUCUAAAUCUCCCAAAAUCACUUAUUUUACAAAAUAUGCUAAAUGUGUCUUGAUGGAGAAUUCCCCUGGUGCUGAUUUUGAGGUUUGGUUUUAUGAUGGAGCAAAGAUACACAUAACAGAAGCUUUAAUUCAUGUGAUUGAAAAGACUGGGAUAUCUUACACCUUAAAAGGUGAAAGUGAAGUUAAUAGCUUGAAAGAGGAAAUAAAAAUGUAUCUGGACCAUGCUAAUGAGGGCCGUCGGACUUGCUUAGCGCUGGAAUCCGUGAUUUCGGAAGAGGAAAAGACAAAUGGAAGCGCUCCCCUUUUCCCAAUAAUCAUAGGAAGAAAACCUAGUAGCACUAGCUCGCCUCAGGCCCUGUCCGCGCCGCCUGCCAUGGAUCUGAACUGCCGGAUGAGGAGACUGUGCGUCAGCAGCGCGGCUGCUCCGGGUCAGGCCCCAGCGCCUAGCCCUCCUAUGGUUACAAAUGAAGGACUUGACCGUACUGCUGCAGCUUCUGGAACAAACAUCCCUUCUAAUAGUCUAAAAGAUUGUCUUCCUAAGUCAGCACAACUUCUGAAAUCUGUUUUUGUGAAAAACGUUGGUUGGGCUACACAGUUAACUAGUGGAGCUGUGUGGGUUCAGUUUAAUGACGGGUCCCAGCUGGUGGUGCAGGCAGGUGUGUCUUCCGUCAGUUACACAUCACCAGGUGGUCAGACGACUAGAUAUGGAGAAAAUGAAAAAUUACCAGAAUACAUCAAACAGAAAUUACAGUGUCUUUCUUCCAUCCUUCUGAUGUUUUCUAAUCCAACUUCUGGUUUUCUGUGAUUAAAGUUCCUUUUAGAUAUAUGUUUAAUAAAUAAU